AUGUUGGAGUUCCCUCCGCGAGGAAGUGUGGGGGUUCGUCGGUGCCGGGUGGGGAUCCCCGGAGAUGUGGGGGUCCCCACGCGGGCUGAUGGGGCUCCUUCCCCGGAAGACCUAGUGCUCCCCCUACAGACCCAGUGCUUAUCUGACAGGAAGGAUGGGUGUUGCUCCUACAACACUAUGUGCCUGAGUGGGCUGAGGAGGUUCCUGUUGUUGUACGCCACCCAGCAAGGACAGGCCGAAGCCAUAGCUCAAGAGAUAAGUGAGCAGGCGGCCGCCCACGGCUUUUCUGCAGACCUUCACUGCCUGAGUGAGUCGGACAAGUAUGAUCUGAAAACUGAGACUGCACCUCUUGUCAUCGUCGUCUCUACCACGGGCAGUGGAGACCCACCAGACACAGCCCGCAACUUCGUCAAGGAGAUACAGGACAAGACGCUGCCGGGGGACCUCUUGGCUCACCUGCAGUACGGACUGCUGGGUCUGGGUGAUUCGGAGUACACGUACUUCUGUAAUGGAGGGAAAAUCAUCGAUAAACGACUUCAGGAACUCGGGGCCCGGCAUUUCUAUGACACCGGACAUGCAGACGACUGUGUGGGUCUAGAGCUUGUGGUGGAGCCGUGGAUUGGUGGGCUCUGGACCGCCCUCAUGAAGCACUUUGCAUCAAGUCAAGGGGGAGAAGCCACGAGGGGAUCCCCCACCGCGGGGCCCCAUACUUCCUUGCUGCGUGAUCCCAUGACGCCGGCAUGUGCUGCCCUAGACACACGCAUACAGAGUCUGUGCCUGGAUGAUUCCGGAGGAGGGGCUCCGCAGGCCUCGGGACAGGAUGCAGUGGACAGUGGUCAGACUGGCACUCUGGGGGACGGUGUGGAGCCCUCCCUCACCCACUCGGAACCCCCGCUCUCCCAGGCCGCCCUCAGCAUCCCUGCGGCCCCCCCUGAGUAUUUGCAGGUGACUCUGCGGGAACCUCUUGCCCAGGAGGAAAUUCGUGUCCCGGUGACUUCAGCGGGCCCAGUCUUCCAAGUUCCCAUUUCAAAGGCUGUUCAACUCACUACGAACGACGCCGUAAAAACCGCUAUGCUGUUGGAGCUGGACAUUUCGAAAACAGCCUUUGCCUACGAGCCUGGAGACGCCUUCCACGUGGUCUGCCCCAACAAUGACGCGGAGGUACAGGGCCUGCUCCAGAGGCUGGGGCUCGAGGAGCAGAGCCGGCACCAUGUCUUCCUGGAGGUGAUGAAGGGGGCCACGCAGAAGAAAGGAGCUGCGUUACCCCCGCACAUCCCCGAGAACUGUUCUCUCCAGUCCGUCUUCACCUGGUGCCUGGAGAUACGAGCCACCCCUAAAAAGGCCUUUCUGCGCGCCCUGGCCGACUGUACCCACACCACCACCGAGAAGCGCCGUCUGCAGGAGCUGUGCAGCCAGCAGGGAGCCGCCGACUACCAGCGUUUUGUGCGGGCCGCCCACCUCAGCCUGCUGGACCUACUGUGUGCCUUCCCCUCGUGCCAGCCCCCGCUGCGGCUGCUGCUCGAACAUCUUCCAAAGCUUCAACCCAGACCGUAUUCAUGCGCCAGCUCCAGUCUGUGGCACCCAGGAAGGCUUCAUUUCGUUUUUAAUGUUGUGGAGUUCCUGUCGUACACCCCAGCGGUGGUCUUGCGGAAAGGCGUGUGCACAGGCUGGCUGGCCACGCUGGCCACCUCAGGGGUGCACCUGACACCUGCAGACAGUGGAAAUGCGACAGUUUCUCAGAUCUCCAUUGCUCCUCGAGCCAUAAACUCCUUCCACUUACCCGAAGACCCCACGGUUCCUGUCAUCAUGGUGGGCCCGGGCACUGGUGUGGCCCCCUUCAUCGGCUUCCUGCAGCACAGAGAGAAGCUGCAAGAACAGAACCCCGACGGAAGCUUUGGGGCAAUGUGGCUGGUUUUCGGCUGCAGACACAAGGACAGGGAUUAUUUAUUCAGAGAUGAGCUGAUGCAUUUCCUCAAGCACGGGGUCCUGACUCACCUGACGGUGUCUUUCUCACGGGACGCCCCAGCAGGCGAGGGCACAGCCCCGGCCAAGUACGUGCAGGACAGCCUGCGCCUUCAUGCCAAGCAGGUGGCCAGGAUCCUUCUCCAGGAGAAUGGCUCUGUGUACGUGUGCGGUGAUGCUAAGCACAUGGCCAAGGAUGUGAAUGACGCCCUGGUGGGGAUCAUAAGCACCGAGGCAGGGGUCGACACACUGGAGGCAAUGAGGACAUUGGCGGCCUUCAAGGAGGAGAAGCGCUACCUGCAGGAGAUCUGGUCAUAA